AUGGCGGCUUCUCGGAACUUGUUGAAGAUGGGGCGGCUCCUUUCUGCCCUUUCCCAUGGUCGUUAUACCAGCAGCGGCGGCGGCGGCGCCUUUCUCCCCGGCCGAGAAGCUGGUGGUCAGCUCCUUCCCUCUGCUGGUUCAAUAUUCACCAGGAGUGAUUACUGUCGAAGACGGCUUCAAACACAAAGCAGCAUAGACAGUCACUCCAAGGAUGGUCCUUCUUCAGAUGUUACAACUUCUUCGCAUCCAGAAAUCAACUCAGCUAGUACUUCUCCCACUAUCAACUCAGCUAGUACUCCUCCCACUGGAGAACCGAAAAAAUUGAGCGUAGCAGCUUCCGACCCGCCAGAAGUGUCUGCCACGUCCAAGUUGAAGGUUUCGGCAAGGCACGAUCUGGCCAUGAUGUUCACUUGCAGUGUCUGCGAGACGAGAUCAUUCAAGACGCUUUCUAGGGAGUCGUACGAGAAAGGCGUGGUGGUGGCACGAUGUGGAGGGUGUGACAACCUUCACCUCAUUGCGGAUCGUCUUGGGUGGUUUGGAGAGCCUGGAAGCGUGGAGGAGUUCUUGGCUGCUCGCGGUGAGGAAGUGAAGAAGGGCUCUGCCGACACUCUCGGUCUAACUCUGGAGGAUUUAGCUGGGAAGAAGACCUCUGUGGAGGACAAGACUGACGAUUCCAAAGAAGACGAGAAAGAAGAAAGCACACAGAAACUUUCAGAGACGCCAACAUUGUAA